AUGGACAUCAAGUUUUGCAAGACCAACCUCCUCAUUGAGCACAAGGAGUUGGAUGGGAGGUUCCAAUUCAAGUUCACACAUCCAUUGGCUGGCCCUUCCAAGCUUCUCCUGCCCAACCCUGAGCUCACCACAGUCAGGGGUGAGAACAUUGACUUCAGACCCCCUGUGUACACAUUAGUUGGGCAUGAGGAUGAUUUGCGAGAAGAGGAGCCUGAGCUCGAUCGAGCUGAGGAUCGAGCUGAGGAUCAGUCAGGAGAUGAUUUGGGUGAGCCUGAGUGCUAUUACUUUGAGGAGUAUGAGGCUCCAAGGAUGAACCCCUCUGUUGUGGCUGCCCACAAGAGGAUUGGACUUCUCCAAAAGUUCAACAAAUGGCAAGGGAAAGCCAUUGAAAGAUGCAAAAGUCCAUGGACAAGAUGGUGA